AUGCCUCGUCAACCAAUUCAAGAGUAUUUGAAGGUGAAUCCGAGAAAAGUCUUGGUCCUGGAUGGCGGUCAGGGGACAGAACUGGAAAACAGGGGGAUCAAUGUAGCGAAUCCCGUUUGGUCCACUGUUCCAUUUAUCGACAGUUCGUUCUGGUCCAACAAGUCCUCGAAGGAUAGAGUGAUUGUGAAGGGGAUGUUUGAUGCUUUUUUGGACGCUGGCGCGGAGAUUUUAAUGACGACCACCUACCAGACAAGUUUCAAGUCUGUAUCGGAGAACACCCCCAUUCAAAACUUGGAGGAGUACAGUUCGCUACUUGACCGAAUUGUUCAGUUUUCGAGGGAUUGCAUUGGGCCCGACAAGUACUUGAUUGGCUGCAUCGGUCCGUGGGGUGCCCACGUAUGUGCAGAAUUCAAUGGUGAUUAUGGCCCAAACCCCGCUGAGAUCGACUAUUUGUCAUACUUCAAACCACAACUGGAUAACUUUUUCCACAAUGAUAACCUUGAUUUGAUUGGGUUUGAGACAAUCCCCAAUAUUCAUGAACUAAGAGCAAUUCUCUCCUGGGAUGAGACCAUCCUUUCCAAACCUUUUUACAUUGGCCUGUCUGUCCAUAACAACGGGUUGUUGAGAGAUGGAUCUACUAUGAAAGAUGUCGCGGACUUGAUAAAGUCUUUUGGGGGCAAAUUGAAUAAGAAUUUAACGUUGUUGGGGAUUAACUGUGUGAGCUUCAGCGAUUCUCCAGAUAUUCUAGAGUCCAUACACAAGGAGUUACCAGAUAUGCCGUUGAUUGCAUACCCAAAUAGCGGUGAAGUCUACGACACAGUGAAGAAAAUAUGGCUACCGAAUAGGGACAUGGUUAUGACAUGGGAAGAAGUGGUAGACAGGUAUAUCAAGGCAGGGGCCCGUAUCGUGGGUGGCUGCUGUCGGACUUCACCUAAGGAUAUCAGAGCGGUAGCAGCUGCAGUCAAGAAACGUGCAGACGAUACUGUGUGGCAGGACUAA